UUCUUUAGCAAAUAUAUUUGAGAGAAGAGCCUGAAACUCCAACGAAGAUCAAGACUUUACCCACUCGACUCAGCAACAAUAGGCCCCCCUCUCUCUCUCUCUCUCUCUCUCUCUCUCUCUCUCUCUCUCUCUCACGCUUUCAUUCAAAGGCCUUGCGUUUUUUGGACAGCGAUAAGCAGGUUUUCCAUUAGGGUUUUGGAAAGGCUGUGAAGAUGAGUGACAAUUUGAUGGAUAAAGUAAGCGCAUUUGGUGAGCGCCUCAAGAUUGGAGGUGCUGAGGUGGGCCGAAAGAUGAGUGCUGGGAUGAGCUCAAUGAGCUUCAAAAUGAAGGAGCUGUUCCAGGGUCCAAACCAGGCUGAUAAACUUGUUGAGGAAGCCACAGCAGAGACCCUUGAAGAGCCUGAUUGGGCCUUGAAUCUUGAACUCUGUGACAUGAUUAAUCAUGAAAAGGUUAGCAGUGUUGAAUUAAUCCGUGGUAUAAAGAAGCGGAUCAUGAUGAAGAAUGCUAGGGUUCAGUACUUGGCCUUGGUGUUACUAGAAACAUGUGUUAAGAAUUGCGAGAAAGCUUUCUCGGAGGUUGCAGCUGAGAGGGUCCUUGAUGAAAUGGUGAAGCUGAUUGAUGAUCCUCAGACAGUUGUUAAUAAUCGUAAUAAGGCUUUGAUGCUGAUUGAAGCAUGGGGGGAAUCAACUGGUGAGCUGCGCUAUUUACCUGUUUAUGAAGAGACAUACAAGAGUCUAAGAUCGAGGGGAAUCCGAUUCCCUGGUCGUGACAAUGAGAGUUUGGCACCCAUCUUUACCCCUCCUCGUUCAGUUUCAGCACCUGAAGUGGAUGCUAGUCUUGCACAGCAGAUUCAGCAUGAUAUUCCUGUGAUAACCUUUACGGCUGAACAAACAAAGGAAGCAUUUGAUGUGGCAAGAAAUAGCAUUGAACUUCUCACAACAGUGUUGUCCUCCUCCCCUGAACAUGAUGUUUUGAAGGACGAUUUGACAACUACACUCAUUCAGCAGUGUCGUCGAUCUCAAUCGACCGUGCAGAGAAUCAUUGAGACAGCAGGAGAUAAUGAAGCUCUGCUUUUUGAAGCCUUGAAUGUGAAUGAUGAGAUUCAGAAAGUUCUCUCCAAGUAUGAAGAGUUGAAGAAGCCAUCAGUUGUUUCUUCUGAGCCUGAGCCUGCUAUGAUUCCUGUUGCUGUUGAGCCUGAUGAAUCACCCGUCCAUGCAAGAGAAGAUGCCUUAAUUAGGAAGCCAGCAGGUUCACGGGGUACUCAUGGGGGAAGCAAUGAUGACAUGAUGGAUGAUCUUGAUGAAAUGAUCUUUGGUAAGAAAAGUGGAGGCACAUCUGAAGGUGCACAGGACCCAAAGAAACAGCAAUCUUCAAAGGAUGAUCUCAUCAGCUUCUGAGCUGAUGAGUUCAGAAAAUUCCAUAUUUUUAGGAAAGAGGCCAUUGACAUCUGGCCAUUUAGGUGUUCCAUAUGAAUUAAGUUUGAUUUUAAGAUGGUUGAAACCGUCAUAAACAGGGCUGGUGGAUUUUUCUUUUGCAUAACAUUUACAUUUUUCUGUCAAUUUCUGUAAGUAGUUUAUAUCUUGGAUUGAUACAAUUGCUUGACAUGGUAUACAUCUAUUUUAUCGAACAUUCAGUUA